AUGUAAAUUUUUAAGAAUUCUAAAUUUUUCUUUGGCACACUUAAAGCUCACACUUUACCAACUCUUAAGUAUGGAUAUGGUGAUCUAGAACCAGUAUUGAGCGCAACACUUCUAGAAUUUCAUCAUUCCAAACAUCAUUAAGCUUAUAUCAAUAAUCUUAAUGCUGCAUAAGAAUAAUUGGAGGAUGCCUUAGCAAAGAAUGAUGUCUAAAAGAUUUCAAGUCUUUAAGGUACCAUCAAAUUCAAUUUGGGUGGCCAUUUAAAUCAUAGUUUAUUUUGGGAGAACUUGUAUAAAUAUUUAACUAAUAAUGCAGGACCCCUAUUAAGAAUGGAGGAGGACAAUUACCUGAUGCAAACAGUGCUCUAGUAUAAGAAAUUAAUAAAAAUUGGGGAAGUGUUGAUAACUUCAAGACUUUCUUUAAUACUAGAACUGCUGCUAUUUAAGGUAGUGGAUGGGGAUUCUUGGGAGUUGAUUAAUAAUCAAAGAAAUUAAGAUAUUUGGAACUACCUAACUAAGAAAUUCCAUAAAAUUAUGGUCUUACACCUAUCUUAAGUAAUGAUUCAUAAAUUUAAAUGAUUAGCAAUUGAUGUUUGGGAACACGCAUAUUGGUGGGAUUACAAGAAUGUGAGACCAAACUUCUUGGCUAAUGUAUGGAAAAUUGUUAAUUGGAAAGAUGUAGAGACAAGAUAUAAUCAAGCUUAGAAAUGAUUAUAAGAAUUAGAACAAUU